AUGCGCUAUCAAGGACACAUCAAUGUUGAGUACUGCAAUAAGUCGAAUGCUAUAAAAUAUCUUUUCAAGUAUAUUAACAAAGGACCUGAUAGAGUCAAUGUUCAGAUAUCCAAUGGUGGUACCAGUGCUGACAAAUCUGAACAACAAGAUGAAAUCAAACAAUAUUAUGAUUACAGGUACCUUACUCCAUGUGAAGCCGCGUGGAGAACAUUGAAAUAUGAUAUUCAUGAAAGAUGGCCUCCAAUGUUAAGAUUAGGAUUCCAUCUUCCAAACCAACAAAGUGUUUUAUUCAAAGAGAAUGACGAUUUGGAAAAUGUGAAGGAAAACUCAACUAAAAAGGGCACUCAAUUCUUGGCAUGGAUGGAUGCCAACAAAAAGUACCAGGAGGGGAGAAAUCUCACAUAUGCAGAAUUUCCUUCCAAAUUUGUGUACAACAAAAAAUCAACAAUAUGGCUUCCUAGGAAAAGAGGCAUUUCUCUUGGUCGAUUGCAAUUUAUUGCCCCUGGAAUGGGAGAAAAUUACUACAUGCGUGUUUUAAUAAAUAGGCAAAAAGGUUGUGACAGUUUUAAAAGCAUAAGAACUGUAAAGGGUGUUGUUUAUCCUACAUUCCGCGAUGCAUGCGAAGCGAUGGGAUUACUGGAGGAUGACCGUGAGUAUGUUGAUGGAAUUUCAAUUGCAAGUGAUCUUGGUUUCGGAUCUCAGCUAAGGAAAUUAUUUACCAGAAUGCUGAUGACAAACUUGAUUUCCAGGCCACAAGAAGUUUGGAGAAAGUCUUGGACUCUUUUAAGUGAUGGGAUUUUGUAUGACAGAAGAAAAGAACUCAACAUUCCAGAUCUUCGUAUAGAGGAUGAAGAAUUACAGAACUUAUGUCUGAUUGAGAUUGAAAAAAUAUUGCAAGGCAAUGGAAGUGGAUUCUUUUUUCUAUAUGGUUUUGGAGGAACAGGAAAAACAUUUGUUUGGAAUACAUUAUCUGCUGCUUUGCGUUCAAUGGGCCUUAUUGUCUUAAAUGUCGCAUCUAGCGGAAUUGCAUCACUAUUGUUACCUGGAGGUAGAACUGCUCAUUCAAGGUUUUCUAUUCCUAUUUCAAUAAAUGAGAUAUCAACCUGUAAUCUUCGUCACGGUUCCCCAAAAGCUGAAUUAUUGAAAAAAGCAAGCCUAAUUAUUUGGGAUGAGGCACCGAUGUUAAACAAACAUUGCUUUGAAGCUUUAGACAGAUCUCUUAAUGACAUUAUGAAGACUCAGUCUACCCAUGGUUAUGACAUUCCAUUCGGAGACAGAAAAGAGUUUGAGCAUUUUCAAGCUCUUGCUAAAGCUCAAUAUCCAAAGACUCUAGGGUUCCUUAGCCCACUUUGUGUAGUCCCUUAUGUAACUUUUGCAGGCCUUGGUCUCUAUCAUCUUGGUUUCCCAAAGUUACAGUUGCAGCUGGCAAAAUGUGUUGAGGUUAGGCUUCCUGCAGCACAGAUUGUUAUGGUUUUCAUCUCAUAG